ACACCGCAACACCGCUGGGCGAUAACCUUUGGAUCGGUCGGUUUGCAAUGACGAUCGUACCGUGAUCGGUAGAGCGAGCAGAUCUGAAAUCAAACAGGUUAACGAAUUUUAGCAAUUAGCACAUUGUAGAUCCAGUUCCUGUAUGGUCAAGAACGAACCAGCAGUCCUGCUGUCCCUUCCGAAUAAUCUUAUUAGAUGUCGUCCAAGUAAUACGAUCGUCAUGCGUUUCCAUCAUCUGUCAGCUCAGGGUGAGGGGAGGAAUCACCGUCCAAAGGUGCGACAAUCACAUAUAAAAGAUCUCUUGAUCCCUUCAUCGUGCUCGGGGGAAAUCCCAAUCAUAAAUCCCCACCCUCUAUGGCAAACGCUGUUUCCCGUUUUGCCAUUCCUCAUUAUCAGUUGAUCCCCUCCAGUGCUGAUCGCAGGCAAAGUAAACAAAACAAAACCGAACCAGAGUUUGAGAUCGCACUGUCGAUCAUGAUGCUGAUGACGAUGAUGAUGAUGGUGGUGGUGGGAAGUAUAGAUUUCGACCUCCCCGCCCAGCCGAAGAUCGCGACAAUGGCAAAACAAGAUCCGAAGGACAGGACGCAGCAUCUUCGUGGAUUCGUGCUGGUUUGAACUUGUCCGGGGGGGUUUCGAGUGUUCUGCUGCGAGUAGACCAAACCCAGACCCUGAUCGGGGAGCCUGUUCAGAGUGUUUUGAGCAACGCGUGUGACCGGUAGUGUUAACAAAUAAUCCACCCUGUGUGUGUGAGUGAACAAUGAACAGAUUCGUUGGAGUGAUCAUACUUUCGGCACUGGUGAUCGGUGCCUUAGGUCAGAACGAUGGCCGCGAUGCUGAGGUGAGAGAUCGCGCCGGCAAUGGGUACGAGGUCCUGGUCGAGUCUUCCCUGCACGUGCGAAAGGCAAACCCGGCCGUACGACGCAACGUGCGCAGCGUGCUAGAUCUGCUGGUGCCACCGGAAGCGGUGCUCGUGCGCCAAAAGCGCCAAUUCAAUGGGUUCGGUGCGUCCAGCUCGAAUGCUAAUGCUAACGCCUUCAACCAGUAUUACGGCCCGAACGGAUUUGGAGCGAGCGCGGCCAACGCGGGCGCACAGUCCUUCUACAACCAGGGACCGGGUGGUGGUUUCGGUGCAUCGGCAGCCAACUCCGCCUCUCAAGGCUUCUCGGCCGGUCCGGGCGGUUUCUCGGGCUCCGCUGGACAGUCCGGUAGCCAGAGCUACAAGCUUCCCGGCAACAAGGACGUGAACCUGUCGUACAGUGGUGGAUUUUCCGUCGCCAACGGCCAGCCCAGCGUAUCGCAGGGCAGCUCGAUCAGCUUCUCGAAGAAGUAGACUAGCAGCACACAACAGUGCUGAACGACGACAACAAAUACGGCAACACGAGACGAGCGGACAAUGACUCGGGAUAGAACUAAGUGCACGCGAGAGGAACCUUAAUGUCUCGGCAAUGGAAAUAAAGGUGUCUCUGCGUAACAA